AUGAAAGGAUAUGUUUUGAGUCAGAAUACGACAGUUUUAGAUACGAGUGGUUUUAUAGAUGUCUACAAUUCUAAUCAUGGUGAAAAUAAACCGGAGUUAAAACAUGAUAAAGCCUGGCUUACUGUUAACUCGUUAUCUCUAGUUAUUAUGAUUUUUGUAAAUUAUGGCGGAGGCGGCUACUGGUUUUUUGAGCAUCCACCAUGGAAUGGUUUGACUGUAGCUGAUUUAGUCUUCCCUUGGUUCAUCUUUAUAAUGGGGACGUCCAUGAAUUUUUCAUUUAAAAGUUUGUACAAGAAAGAGAAAACUACCUUCCAGAUAUUAUUCAAGAUUUUUAAAAGAUCUUUUAUUCUAUUCGCUAUUGGUAUAAUUCUGAACACCAGCUGGGGACCGGUAGAACUGGAGACAAUGAGAAUACCUGGAGUUUUACAGAGGUUCGGUUUAACAUAUCUGUUCGUAGCUUUGAUGGAAUUUACUCUGGGUCGCAGGAAAGAUUCACAUGAGGAUGCUAAAUGGGCCCCAGUGAGAGAUAUUGUACUCAAUCUACCAAUAUGGAUUUUAAAUUUAGCUCUACUCGGUGUGUUCAUUGGUUUAACUUACGGUUUACCAGUACCAGGUUGUCCCAAGUAG